AUGAAGUAUUUCCUUUACGCAGUGACAUUCGUCUUAUCAGAAUGUGCUAUUUUGCCCAGUAUACCAACACAUCUACUUCCAUGUUAUCGCAAUGGUGCCCCAGAAUUAGUUGCACCCCGGCGUCUUGAUGUUUUUUUGUCUUUGUUGAGAAAAAUCGAGAUACACACGCAGCUAGACAUGAGGAUGAUUACUCCAGCUUUACUAAGGAGUCUUCGUUUAGAUGGUAUAGAACAGCUUUCCGCAACAGCGGUUGAAACGGAAUUCGUGCUGCCAUUUAGAGCAUCUGCUUUCCAAUUUCACAAAUACAAACUUUUGAUGGAUUUAUUCUUGCCUAGUCAGAACCUAGUGGAUGUUGAUGAAAUAUUAACCGUACCAGAAAAAUGUUUACUACAUCGGAUGCUAAGUUCAGCGGUGCGACUAUGGGAAAGAGGCGAUGAGAACGUUGCGUGUCCUCUGACAUCGGAACAAUCGCAAAACAUGAUAUCACAAAGUAAUACUAGUAUCAUCAGCAGAUGUCCAAUCGAAGAUGGAGUAAUACAAACUGAAUGGGGAACUAUAUCUCCUGGGACAGUCAUGGCUGCUGUAGCCUCAGCUCUUGAAAAUCAACGAGUAUCGAUGAGCGACAUUUUCAACGCUAAUAUUUUUAAGGAAGACGUAGCUGAACCUCUAAUUAAUUUAGCUUUACAAGACUGGUAUGAAAACAUAGAAACUCUUGAUACAAAUAAUCAAAAACAGAUCGAGAAUGUUGAUAUAAACAAUAUUUGGGUAGCCACACUCGGAGGUGAUUUGGCUGAAGUAGUAGUUAACCAAGGUCCUAGAGUGGGUGCCUCUUCGCAAAGAAUGAACAUAGGCACCAAUAAUAGAUGGAACGAUACGCUACUUCCUCGUGCGCUAUACAUUUUUCCUCAGAAUGCUUCAAUCAUUGAUUGGCACAUCACUGAUGCAGAAAUAUUAGCUGGAAUCGACGGUUUGAUUUUGUCAAGGUACAUUUCGAAAUGGGUAGAACAAAGAAGAUCUUUAAGAUUGUCUCAAGUAAUAGACAUGUACUACUCCAACGAAGGUGUUUCAUUUGAUCCUAACGUUAAGGCUUGUAAUAGAUUGUCCCUAUUCACUGACGUCUUUGAUAGUUCUGAUUUAAAGACGGAGGUUGCUAGGUUUGCUUCUGUGUUAUCUCUGAGGCAAAUAACUGUGUAUAUACCACAGGAUGAGAUGGAACGAAUCACCGAAGCCGCUGUGACUGCAUUCACAGAUUAUUUGUCGUCAAUCUUGCGACAGAAUCAAAGAGAGUGCCGCAUGGGCCGUACUAUACCUGUAAUGGACUUGGUCGUAGCAACUGACAGCUCGUGGGGACGUUACGAAGUAGAACAGUUUUUGUCGUGGGUCAGUGGAGCUCUAGAGAUGAAUCUGAUGAAGAGUACAAUAUCAUUAUUGCACGGAAACACAGGGGCGUGGAUUGCACCGCCCUCAAAUAAUUUAACGGCACUGUUUUCACACGUACAAAAUUUCACAGAUACGUGGCCAAAUCGUUUGAAUCUACCAAACAUAAUAUCGACUGCCAUUCGGUAUUCACUCAAUAGGACUUUAAAUGAAAUAGAGAGUCAGGCUAGUGCUGGAGUCAGUACUGUUGUGCUCGUUAUUAGUCCGAGUGAUCGACCGUCCAGUACGGAGAUGGAGAGAGCCCGGAGCCUCAUGAGUACACUGAGAAAUAGCUUCUUUGACGUAUACUUUUCUUACGUCGCGCGGGACGUGACUGAUUUUCAGAACAUCAACAAUGAAUAUUUAGAUUAUUCUGAGCUGUUCGUUACGACGACAUCAACUUCAGUGAAUGACGUAAUCAACGCGGUGGACACGUACGUAGUGCAAAGUAGUAUACCGAUGAGGUUAAUGGGGGCCCAGUGUCAAGUUAACGAUACCAUAUUUGAACAAGUUGAAUAUGAAGACUUCGUCUUACCCAACCGGCAAACACAUUACAGAAUACAUCCUUUUUAUUUGAAACAACAAGCCUUGGUUCAAGUUCAGUUUCGUAACGACGGCCAAGGUCGACUAUUGAUAUGUACAUGGCGCGGAGCUGACGCGUCUCACGACUGUCGUACAUUAUCGGAACGUGAACUGUUCACGUUCAAUUUUACCACGCCAUGUCCGUCACCGGAAUUUUGUCCUCCAGCUCAUUUUAUAUCAACAGCAAUAAACUCUUCUAAUUUAUGUGCAAAUAACGACUGUCGUCUUCCUCAUCAAGUCGGUUACUACGUCCGACAUUCUGGGCUUCGCUGUUUACCGCUUACAGGAUCUUCUAAUACGAACGAGAUCAGGAUGUUGUUCAUUUAUAUAAUACUUUUAGGAUUUUUAUUAAAAUAA